UUUGUACGUCGUUGAAUGUUAGCUGGAUAGUUUUUAUAGAGGCUGGUUGAGCCGUCAAUGGAGAGAUAAGCAAGGGUAUGCACCGUCUCAUCUCUGAAUCCAGUGCAUCUGUAUCUCCAGGCUGUCACAACCAGGAAACCUUGGAAGGUGAGAUGGCUUGGCAUCUUGGUGAACUGCUUAGUCAUUCGAGCUCGCGCUUGCAUCACGGACAUCAACCUCACUCGCAGCAAGCACAUAUCGAAACUACCCGCAGUCGCGUCGCAGCCAUGCUCUCACGGCGCUUCAUAGCGGGCCGCCCGCUCGCCCGCGUCCUUGCACCAGCCGUGGCUGCACCCCGUCGAUCGAUCGUGCACACCCCAUACUCCCCCAAUACUCCGAAAGUGUCCGAGGUGCAGGAGCUUGUGGAUCCCAAAAGCAUUGAUGACCCAUAUAUGAAUGGCGGCUAUCUUAAUCCUCCCAUUGAGAAGCGGGGGAACCGCGACCCUUAUGGCGACUGGUGGGACAAACAGGAGCGGAGGAACUACGGCGAGCCCGUUCACGAGGAUAACGAUAUUCUUGGAGCUCUGGCGCUGCAUGACUAUGAUCACUUCACGCCGGGCUGGGGUGGUGUAUUGUUGGGGACUUUCGUUGUUAGCGUUCUAGGGCUGUGUGGCAUCGUCAAGUUGUGGUACCCGGACAAGAUCACCGUUCCAAAGGCAUAUGAGGGUGGCCUGGAAGAAGAAUUGGGCGGCCCACGAGCAGUGAGGGCUAGGGCAGAGGGCGAGCCAGUGUACUGGAGGCAUUGAGCACCUGAACAUGCUGUAUAUAAGUCUCCUGUGUCUUUCCCUGGAAAUUUCAUUACAUUGUGGAAAUAGCCAAUGCGCCUUCUCCCUUCCUGCUACAAGUCUGCGGCCCUGCGAAACGAGCUUCUAUCCUGCUGCGAUCAUUCACAGCAUGUGCGAGCCGUGGUCGUUGCAACUCUCUCAAGGAAGCGAUAGAAGGGGUCUGUAACGUCUACGUUGUACGGCGUAGUCGCAUCGCCGCUUUUUCCUGCAUGGCAGACUACAGACGUCAGCAUUUGGAUCAGCUGAGCUGAUGUCCUCUCAAAAGAUGCGUCCUAUGGUCGUUAGUUUGGCUUGUUGGGUACGUUACCAUUCUAGCCAGACGCCUGUGCAGGGAUCCGACGGCUUGUGGAAAUCGGCCGUGCUAAGGGGCUAGGUAGUUCACCUACAACUAUGGGCUCGUGAUCAC